AUGGUAUGUAAUUUCCGCACGCUUGCUGGUGGUAUGAUAUUGGUUGGCAGUGGCCUGGCUCUGCGAAGUUGCUCCAGUUUUGAAGAAUACAGUGAUGCCUUCAACGAGGUUGUUUUGCCUGCCUUUACCAAGCUUGUUGAACCGAGUGAAAGCUCUCUCUGCUUUACAGUGCUAGCAAAAACACCGUCAGCUUUAAAAGAGUUAUGGAACAUUUACAACAACAAGACAUUGAAGAAUCGUCUUCAAAAUUUCCUGGUAACCGAAGAUAUCAAACAACUGGCAAGUGGAGAAGAAAUGGAGGUGACAGUUUAUAUCGAUGAAAAGGAGUAUAGAGAAGCUUAUCUUGAUCUCAUGUUCCAAAAAAAUCAAGGUAAGUCAGAAUAACUUUUCUUGUAUCUUCACCAAUGAACGCACUGGGGGACUGGGGCUGGAGUUUCGGGCCUCUUUAUUUAUUGUUUAUUUAGGAUAUAAUAGUUUUAAAUCUGGCUGUUGCUUAAACCAGUCUAGUAUGAAUCCAGGUACGGCAUCAUUUGAUCUCACAGGCAACCUACACUGUAAAUAUACCAAAGGGUUGUUCAUGCCAUCUUGCGCAGGGACUUAUGUUUCCAGUCAAGCAAAUAUUUUAGUGCGUCAGAAGAAAAUGUUGCUGUUCAGUUGUUUGUAAUAUCAGUUUUUUCAUUCGAUAUGAAUUAAUUAGAUAUGUGGUUUUAUUUGUCUGUUUUUUUUUUAGUUUUAGAAUUAAUAUGCAAAUGGUGAAUAAUAGAAGUUACAGAGACUAUAACAAUAUAAGGCAGUAGUCAUUUUUUUAUCGAUCCAUUGAUCAGAAAUGGAAAUAUUUUUAGCUGCUUUUAGUAUAAAUUUGUUGAGGAUGUUGCAUCUCUUAAAAGAACCCUAAGUGGCAGUCUGCUAUACAACCAUUAUCUUCGGUCGUCACAAAUAGCUCAUGCCCAAAAUAUAAUAGCUGCUGAUUAUUAGAAGGAAAAGUCUUUGAGGACAAAAGGAUAGCCUAAGUUCAAGCAAAACAUUUUCUGCAGUCAAAUAUUUCAUGUCAGGUAUCUGAUCGGUUUUGUUCUUUCUUAUCCUUUUCGACAGCUGCUGAUAACAUAAGCCAGGAAGGUGGCAGACGUCGAAGGAAUUCAGAUUCAUUUCUUUCUCUCAGCCCAAAGGAGGAUGAAAUUACUUUGAUGCUACUGAACCAGGCAGAAAAUAAAUGGAAUUUCAAGAUGCAAAUUCUUGAAAUUGAGAUUGACAAACUAAAAAGGGAGCUCGCGAUAUGUGGAGAAGAUGGUAAGAGUAUAAACAAGUGUCAGCGGACUUGAGAACUAAUGACAUAGGUAAAACGGAUUCCCUCACGUUCAGCAACCCCUCUCUCUAACGAAGUGUUCGGGGUGUGGUUGUGGUUGUGCACACCCACAAAGUAGUUCUUCGUCUACCUGAUUCCUGGUCGAAGUGGAAUUUGGAAAUGUUGUUGUUUCAGGAGAGGGGAAAACCGGAUUACCCGGAGAAAAACCUCUCGUAGGAAAGGAGAGAACCAACAACAAACUCAACUCACAUAUGGCGCCGACGCCGGGAUUUGAACCCGGGCCACAUUGAUGGGAGGCGAGUGCUCUCACCACUGCGCUAUCCGUUACUCACUAAGUGAUGACAAAUUUCUUGUAACAUUGUCCGUAUAGCUGGGUACAUGACUAUUACAUUGAUAAAAACGUGCUACAUUUUUGAGGCUACGAUGAAACCUAUGUACGUACAUGAAGAGGCAUAUAACUGCAGCAGGCAUACCUCCAUAGUAUAAAUUUCUGUGCAACUCCCUAGCCUUAGUACUGUUUCCUGUUAAGCUUCGUCAAUGGUGUAUACACCUAUUUCAGCUAAGGCUGCUUCUGAGAAGAAUGAUCAUGAUCCAUGUUUCAUAUCCCGCGUUGCAUUAUUGUAGUAAGUCUAAUAAAUUGUGUGCCCGCAACGAGCCUAGAAACCUAGGAAGUAAACGCUGCUAAUGUUUCUAUGCUAUGUCAGCAACCUCGUCCCCAGGGCUUUUCCCUUAAAAAAUGGGUGGGGCGGGAAAAGGCCCUGGCAUCGGCUGGUCACGUGCACAGCCUAAAUAUUCCUGAAAAGCUAAUUUAUAUGCAACCCGCUGGUUUUGCGCUGGCAAAAGUCGAACGACGCAACAAUGGAAAAUAAUAAUAUCGCGAACUGUAUGUCAAUAUUUUCGCGUCUGUGCGAUUCAAAAGCUUAAGAUCCAUUUAAUUGCGUAUUAUUCAAAGGCUACAAGUUUAUGAAAGGGCGUACCGGCUCUACGUUGACACGUACAAAAUAUGUCAAAUGCUUCAGAGUUGAGACAAGCUGUUAUCGAGUAGUACUUCGACUGAAAUUCAUCGUGACUGUGGAAUUACUGUACGAUCAUCAAGCGGAAAGUGAUUUUGUCCAAUGUCAAACAAAAAUGCGGGCCUUUGCCUCUAGGAUCUGCAGUGAAUUUAAACAAAUUGAACUUAAUUGAAAUAGAAUUGUUCAUCAAAAUGCUUUAUGGAAUCUGGUCUUCUCUACAACCCGACCAUGAAACAAACAAAUCUCCGCGCCGGAUGCAAGUCAGCCCUCCAGCCAGGAACGAUGACAGGUCGCCGAUCUGAAACAUUUGAAGAUCUCUUAUAUCUUUUCUCUUCCGAGGAUAAGUAUAAAGGAUUUUUCUUAUAUUCGAUUGGGAUCAACUACAUCUAUGUCAAUUUUAAAUGGACCCAAGUCUUUCUUUGUUACCAGUCGUUUGAUACCCUGGUUGCCAGAGACUUUUCAUGCGCGGUUUCCGGUUUCGGUUAAGUGUCGCAGAGGUCAAUGAAUUUUUUAAAAAUACAGGUCAUACAAGAUAAGUCUAAACCAACGCGUAUCGCUAUGAUGAUAUGGCUGAGAGUUAAGGUGAAUGGAACUAGGUUGUGUACGGCGGUCCACUUCGCAAGAAAUAAAAUAAAAUAUCAAAAGAGUCGCGAAAGCGAACUUUUCCAGUACAAACUUUAUGCAUGUACGAUAGCUUGUUUGUCAUUUAUAUCGCUCUAUAAAGGAAGUUUUACAAAUGUUACCGCUCGCAGUCCCCUUCAUAGAAAUCGGAGGAAAGCAAAAAAUUACCAUAGCCAGUAUCUGUAACAAAAAGGAAACCUUGUAAGACUUUUCGUUAAUCGUCAAGAGAUGUAAAAGGCCGCCCAAGAUCGCGCGCUGUGAGGUUACGCAUAAUUUUAGCUUUUCACAUAACGCUAAUUUAUUACACCCAGGAUUUUAGGGUGUACGAGGGGACACGUGACCAGCCGAUGCCAGGGCCUUUUCCCGCCCCACCCAUUUUUUAAGGGAAAAGCCCUGGGGACGAGGUUGCUAUGUCAGCAGAACGUUAAGACAAUUUAUUUCAAAACACUGAAUCCUAAGACAGUGAUUUGAGGUUAGGUUUUUGUCUGUGGUAAUAUGCAAAUGCUGCAAGUUUUCAACGAAUUUGCUUGGCUCGUGCACUUGGGAAUUUUGGAUUGAGUUUUAAAAAAAUCAGAUUCAAGGCAUUGUUGAACAACAAUAAAUAACUUAACAGUACGUGUUUAUCUGUUAUGAGGCAAUGUUUUCAACGCUGAAUAAGAAAAAACAAUAGCGUUGAUUUGCUUUAUUGAAAUAACCAGCAUUCUGGCCCAUGCAAAAACGCAGCUUAAUCAGGCGGUAAAACCUUAUUCAUUUAAAGGGACAGUAUCCCGAUAAUGCGCACGCGCGAGCGUCAUCUGUUUUUCUUCAAAAGACAAUAGAACUGUCAUAUUUACUCGACAAGAUUUCCUUCCGGACCGCACCGCCGACGGAGAUUUGUUGUCUAUAUUCUCAGGCAAUAUUUUAGACUUUCGAAGAAAUCUUUCGUCUUAUUUAAAAUUUGGCUCGUUGCAAGAAAACUCAUCGCGAUUUUAUCGCUAGCAGGGCCGCCUCGCGACCCGAAAAUCUCUUUCCGCUCGCUUUAAAACCAGCUUUUCUAAUGUGAAACUUGUGUCAGAGGUCAAUUGUUCCAAGUCCAGUAAUAUCUGCCUAAUUUGCUCGCGUUCUAGCCUCAAACGUUGGAAAGACAGAAAUAAAAAUGCAAUCUCAAAGCUAUGAAUCAUCGCAAAGGUUAGUAAAAAAUUAUAUUAUGAUUUCAUGGAACUAGUUUUUCUAAACAUGUACGCCUGUUUGUUUGAUUUUGUCGGCCGUAGGGAGAUUCAUUUAAAAGUUUACUAACGCGUCGUUGCUAGCCUGCGAGCAAGCUCUCACGAUAUCCCCCAAAUGGAGAGCUUGCUCGCAGGCUACGUCGUUGCAGAACAUUCUGCUUCACGAAGCUCCCCUCCACAAGAUCUCCUCAGUCACAUCAAUGUCUCAAUGGUUUCUUUCUUACAGUCUUUAUUGUUGCUGUUUCAUUUCCGCGUAUUCCUUUCACAAUUAUCUGAGCUUGUAUGGAAGCUGGCAAAAGAAAUAAGCCUUCAAUCGACAUCAAAGCGCUUCGCAUCUUUUGGUCCUCCGGCCAACGGCAAUAAAAGUAACGCCAAAAAAUCCAGAUUUGGCCCAAAUCGAAACUUAAGAGGAACAAAAUAUCAUUGAUCAGUAAUCCUGAGAAGUUUUAGUGUAGUAUUGAACUCGGCCAAGCGCGAUGCAAACGGAUUUUUCAAGGUUCUCUUACUCUCCUCGCAUCUUUUGAUUUCGGGACAUCCUGUCCAAAAAUCAAAGUUUGGUGCAUGCGCAGUAACGGGAUACUGUUCCUUUAAUGUUGUUAAAAGAAGAGUCUUCUAUAAUCUUUUACCAUGAGAUUUUAAAAAUGAAAUUUUUCAGCUCGCUCAUGCUUAAGAAUUUUAGCAGCCAUUUGACCUCAAAGAGGGUCUGAAUGGGGGGUCCAUUUGUCGGUUGUCGGUUAAAAUUCAGUUACUUUGUCGGUAGUCGGUUAAAAUUUUCUAUCUUUGUCGGUAGUCGGUUCAACUUCUUGAUUUUUGUCGGUUGUCCGAAAAUCUCAGUUAAUAAGUAAAAACGCUUUUUAAUUAUUAAUAUUUUUCAUGUAUUUCACCAAGUUUCAAGACUUUGAUCCCUAGGGAAAGAGUAAAACUUGUAAGAAUGCAUCAUUUAUAUUUGAUUGCACUUAAACUUCAUUAACUCUUGUUUGUUUAUGCAACAUGAUCGUCAGGAGCCGAUCGACUCCUGUGGUCGUUUAUUUCACCAUUGUUUGCCAAAUGAAUAUCGUGCGUACUAAUAAGAUCACCAAACCUUUUACUGUAAAUGCGAACUUGGUUUCCCUGUCCAUUACACGGCACAGUAGAAAGUAAUUAAUUAAUUAAUUAAUGGACUCCAGCCUUCUGGAUACUUACAUUAUCAGCUUAGUGAAAAACUGCAAGGGGUGACGGGCUGCACAUCUAUACCUUUAAUGUUUUGGCUCUAACAAGCAUGUCCUUUGCCAUAAUUUUCCUUCCUCAAAGAAAUAACACUUUAACCCUCGGACAUACAAGGGGUGGAUGCCACCCCCUUUAGGUUUUCUGGGAUUUUUCCAAGAGGAUAAAACAUCAGCACCUGAUGUUUUCAGUAAAUGUUCGUUUAUCCCUCGCACGCAUUUUGAGAAAAGUUCAGUGAUGAUCAGUUUCUAUGGUUACGAGGUAUGACGUAAUAAGUAGCAGGUUGUCAAGCCAUUUGGAAUGAAAAUAUAUUAUUUUUUCAACUUUUUUCAACAAUAAAAGAAAAAUCUUGUAGCUAAAAUCAUGCAAAGUGCUUAUUUAUGUGUUAUUAUUCAUGUCAAGCAAUUACCAUUUCUCUUUGUUUUAACCUGAUUUCUAAUUCUUUGUAAUAUCCAAGAUGGCGGCAAAGAUGGCGACCAUUGUUGGUGACGUACCAGGCCUCCAGCAGUGCCACCAUUCAUAAAAUAUACCUCAUCUUGUUAAGAAGAUCAAAGGCUUUUCAGUGAAGGCAAAAUCGCUUCGAAAUACUGCAACAUAUCAAAAACUCUGGGGAGGGGUUCCAUCUACCAUCCUCUUGUACCAUGGUGGGGGGUAUGAUUUUGCGUGUACGUCUGAGGGUUAAGUUGGCAAGGUAGUGAUUGGUUUUGUAUAAGAUUACACUUUUACAUUAAAGUUUCUUUUAUAAUAGACACUAGGGGCUUGUAUUGUGUCACGAAAAGCAAUAUGUCUUUUUCUUCCUUGUUGUUUUGUUUCAGGAGCUCUGCUUUUCUCCUGUGAGUUUUACUUCUAAUAGCAAUUUUUAUUUCAAAAUUGUGUGGCCAGCCUCUGUCCAUCAACCGCUUUUUGAAAUCUGAAAUACUUCCUCAGAGGAGUUUGUUCGUAGGAUACUCAAGGCUUCUUGUUGGUCAAAUCCAUUUUAACAUUCGGUGGGUGGUAAGAGGUGAAAUGUGUAUACUGGAAGGUUUCCGUUUAAAUUCGUCUUUACGUCAAUGAUAGCUUUUUCUCAUUUUUCGUUGAAUGUUGAGCCUUGGUAUACAACGGGGUCUAAAAAGAUUGUCUCAGUGUCAGAUAUUUCGGGCGUAAAUUUCAUAGCCAGAAGAGCAGUAGGGUGAAGUAAGUUUACUUGUUCCGUGAAUUUGAAGAAAUCUACCAUGUCUGGUUUACUUAUGUCCCAUAGAGAAAAAAUAUCAUCUAAGUAGCAUUUUCAAACAGUUGGUUUAAGGACGGUUUUGCUUAAACUUUGUGUUUCAAUAUAUGCGGCCAUGAAAAUGUUGGAAAGGAAACUGCCGUAUGUAGUGCUUUCCAUUAAACUGGAAAGAAUUUUCUUUCAGGAUUAAUCUAAGCAUUUCUCCGACCGACACAAGAAAUGUUCAGUUUUUUCACCUUUGUCUUUUCAAUAAAAUAUAUAUAUAAGAAUAUAUAUAAGUCGGUAGCAUCUUUAAGGACUGUGGCUUCUGUAUCAACAAACGAGGAAGUUCUUUCUGUUAGACCAUCUGAUGAGCCAUAAAUUUAAAGAGGUUACUAGCUUCCUAACGGCUGGAAAAAAAAAUGCAAAAUGCUCUUUAUUUCUGAAAAAAAUAUUGAUAAUGUCAGCCCACGUCGGUAGUCGGUUAAUAUUUUUCCUGUCGGUAGUCGGUAAUUUUUUACUCGUUUUGUCGGUAGUAAGUAAUAUUUUUCGCCCUUUGUCGCUAGUCGGUUAACCCCAUUCACACCCUCCUGAAAACUUUCUUGAAGGCCUUUUCACAAAUGGUCUGCAUUAUUUCAAUGAACGUGAACAAGACUAAACUUCCCGCUACAAAAGGGUUUACCAUAGUGCACUGCAGGCUAUGAAACAUGGUUUACGGGAGCAACCUUAAUUGAAAUAGGUGUAUAUCAAAUCAAGUCUGUUAACAGCAAUAAAAAACUCUCUUAAUCAGUGGUCAGCAAAAGGGAAACUUCGUCAAUUUUUAACUAUAGUAUACUAUUGUUUGUCACAUAUUUAAGCCUUAGACAUUAUCAGUAUAUCAAAGUUUAAACCAAGUAGUACAUCUCGAAAAAUUAUAUAAUAGAAAUUGCCAAAACCAUAUCAUGUGUAAAUUAGAUAACAGAGUAAUGGAUUAUCGACUCCUUCUACCUUAAUGUCAAAUCGACCGCCGCCCGGUUAGCUCAAUGGGAUAAGCGCCGGUCUGCUGAGCGGGAGGCCGUAGGUUCAAAUCCCGGCCGGACCAACACUCAGGGUCUUUACUCAUAACUGAGGAGAAAGUGCUGCCUUUGUAAUAACAUCUGCAAACGGUUAGACAAAAAGUCUUCUCGGAUAAGGACGAUAACGCGUAGACCCCGUCUCACAAGCCCUUGCACAUGUAAUAAAUCUGUGGGACGUUAAAGAACCCACACACUCUUCGUAAAGAGUAGGGCACGUAGUGCCCGGUGCUAGUGGUCUAUCUCACUUUCACACUCAUGUAUGGGGGCAUCAUUACUCAUUCCUUCAAUACUUGUAAACUGCACCUUAAGCAGUCUGGCAAAGUCCCCCAACCAUGCAGUGUUGUAAAUUAUCUCUGAAAAGCCCUGAUGGGAGUGGAUAAUAAGAUAUUUACAAUUUACAAUUUACAGUGUUCCUGGACAAAUGUUCCUCCAAAUGUGCAUGACUCCUACGUUAGGAAAAAUAUGUUAUUCUAUUUCUCCUCCAAACUACACCACAACACACAACAUGACAUAGUUAAAAUGACUAGUAAAUCAACCACCAGGUUUGAAAGUGCUCUUAAAUAUGAAAUAAGAUACUUGCAGAAUUGUAGUAAAAGAAUCAAAGGGACCACAUGCCUCCCCCUCGUCAACUACAUCAUCACCUAUCUUCCUUCUAACUGUUGAUUAAUUUUUAGUGCUAAAUAAAUAUAUAAUUUUUAUUCACAGCUGGAGAAGAUGAAGACCUUCAGAGGCCUCAAAAUGGGCGUCGGAGACACUCGGAUUCAGAUUUGUAUUGUAAAGGAAGAAAUGAAGAAGUCGGAGAAAGAGACGAUGAACAGGAACAAUGUCUAGGAGAAGAGAAAUAUUCUUUCAUUCAGAAAUAUCUUGAACAAGUACACGAAACUUCCAGUGUUGUGACGUCCACAGGUGAGAGCGGAUUCGUGACAGAAGGAACAGCAUCUGAAGCUGGACAUUUGGAAGACAGAGCUGGUAAAUAUUAUUAGCAACUAUUGAAUUAUAUUCGUAUUUCGUGUAAUAUGAAGAAUUAUACAGAAGGUCUGGGGGACAUUAAUUUUCAGCUUCAGCAGGUAGGAUGUAAACAUCAAUAGAAAUCAAGGUUUAAUUGAGAGUCAAUGAAUUCUGCAUUCAAAUAUAUUCGGCUCCCAUCUUUAUUUCAAUCUUUAGUUUUUCUGUCAAAAUUACCGUAAAAAGUAUUAACCAUGCAACACAUUGUUUCAGCUUUUAAAAAAACUGCGAAAAUGUAUUCUCGCUUAUUUUGAAUUGUACCCAUCUUGUCCCUCGGCUAGCAAGAGUUGCCUCAAACAAUCACUUCACCCUUACUAUUCACCCUUAUAUCAAAAUCAAAAUUAAAACAAAUUGGUCUUGCUUCUUGUGAACGUCUUGUUGGCGUUGACUUGGCUUUACCUCUUCCAAAACGUCGUGAUCUAUCGUGAGACAUUGAAGAUUAAGAAUUACCCUUAAUUAUUGCUUAAAUUCGUGUCUUCCCUUAAAUUACCAUUGGUAUCGCUAUUCUGAUUGUUACUAUCUUUUUGUUUUUGUUUUUCAAGCAUAGAUUCUUUCCCCGAACUGUUACACUUGAGUGAAAGCGUAAUUCGUAACACUCAAAAAAGAUUCGUAAGGGGCCGAGAUGGUUGGAAACGUGUAAUACAAUCUUUUGGGAUCAUUGAACCAAAACGUGCAACAAAUAAAGCUUUUCCUGAUAUUUUUAGAGUGUUUCGGGAAAACCCAGUGAAUCGGCUUAACACACCUUACCUCACAAUCAAAUUUUCGGUAGGCUUAUCAUGCCUUAUUCGAGUAGUUCAGUUGCAAACCUCUUGGAGGUUGCUUUGUCUUUCCCUGCAGACUUGGCUUCAUAACAAAAGGUUGGAUUGUACAGAUGGAUCUUUGCGUUCUUGAAGUUAAGCUUAUUUGGUUGCUUCACUGCGUUACUAUCACCUAAUUUUGCAUUCAACAUUCUGCAAAGUUAGAGUGCCUCUCUUAUUGUUAUCCCUAUUAUCGUUGUGACUUUUUUUAUUUUAAAUGAUUUAAUCUUUUACAGAUCCUACGCCCAGAUUGGAACAUGUGGAUAGAAGAGUUAUUUCUAAGAUUCAUGACAGACUUGACAGUGACGAUGAUGCUUUGAAACGUGUCCUAGAUUCGUUUGGGAUCACCAAAAUGCAAAGAUUACGUUUGAGUGAUUUUUCUAGUAUUUUUCGAUUGUUCCCAGACACCCCAGUGACGAUGCUGAAAGACGUAUUUGAGGCAUUACAGCUGUAUGACCUCCUUUUGCUAGAAAUUAAAUCGGCGAUAAAAUCACACAGAUCACUUCAGCUAGCAUACACAUUGGAUGAGAUUAAGAAACUGAAUGGAGUAGCUGAUCUUCCUACAACUUACCACAGUUGUGGAGCUGUUCUCAUCAUUACCGACGACGAAAAUGUCUCUAGUGCAUCAGCAAUCAAAACCUUCUUUACUGAUCUUGAUGAUAAGAGUGAUGUAACUGAAAUACUUUUACAGGACAUCCCGACUUUGAGACAUUUAUACGAGGAAAUCAAUGUAAUGAUACUGGAAAUUGUAAAUUUUUUGGAGGGGGAAACGCAGGGUCAAACUAAAAGUUCCCUUUAUCUAUAUUUAUCGUGGUUGAUGGACGCUUUACACGAGUUAAAGCCGAGGAUCCGACAAGGAGGAAGUGGAGUUCGGGACGUUGUUUUAAGGUUAAUGCAAUCAAUGAAUGGCAUAGUGAGCUUUGUGAGAAUGAAGUUGAGACUAGUAACUGAUGAAUUAAAAAGUUUUUUACAAUCGACGAUUGUCACUGCAGAGAGGAUCCAAGCAAAUCUUACACAGCUAAUCCAAAGUCCUGAAUGGUUUGUCAUAGAAGACAAAAAGGAGAAAAAGAACUUUCAAGAGAACGUAGCAGCUGUUAUCAACAGAUGGAUUCAUCGUCAGGGUUAGUAUGAAACGUUUGGUAUCCGCAGCACUGGUGGUCAGUGGGGCAUUUUUAUAUCCUAGACGAAUAUCGGGCCAGCGCCGGCCACACCAGAAGCAAUACCCCACCCUUUAACUACUUAUAAACCUGUGAAACGGAGCCUGAAAGAAAGAGCGAUUGAAAGUAUCAUUACGUUUGCUUUUAAACCCAAGACUCCACAUUUAAGAGCCUUGCAAAAAGUCUAGAGCCAUCAGUUUAUUUUUCAGGUUCACAAGUGGUAAUUAUACAUUAAAAGAUUGUAGUUUCAGCCACUGAUUGUUUUCCUUCGCGGGAAAAAAAAAAACGUGCACGAAUCCUUUAAUGUUCUACAGUUAUCCGAGUAAACGAAGUUUUAAUUUCCAGGGCAAGAAAAGCGGCACUUCUGCCACUGAGAAAACGAAGAAGGUGCAAUUUCCCUACAUUUUCUAGGAUUCACCCAGCGGAAAAUCCUUCUUUUUCCAAAAGUUUUCACUCAUCUUAAUUCGAGUAUUCGUUCCAUUAUCCAUGUCAUUAUCCUUGUUUUCCCGUAUUUACACUGAGUUUUCAGGCUGAAAAACCUCGAGUUCACCGCAGUUAACGAGUGAAAUCCUGUCUUUUGCGGACGUUUUCCCGUGUUUGACGAAACGGUGAAUACGGCUGAAUCCAGGAAAAACGAAUGUAUUCCAGUGUUAUCCCAUGGCUUACCGCUAGGAGAACUGUGCAUUAUUACGACUUUUGCAGGCCGUUUUCUUGCGUUUUCUUUCAUUUCCCGUGACAGUGAAACUUGGGCUUCUUGGAAAUGGUCUGUUUAUUUCUGUAAGUUUAUGCUCAUUAUUUUCUGGUCUAUAAAUACAUGCUUUAUUUUUAUUUGCAGAUUACUUCUCCUUCUUUGCAGUGUUCCAUUUUUCUUUUGACCCUUUUCGGCCUGUGCCUAAGGCCAUACUGAGUGAGCUGAUGUCUGCAAUAACUAACAAACUUAAGUUUGUUGUUUGUCCCUACAACCACUAUACGUAUCCUGCUCUUUCGGGUCCGGAAACCCUUCUGGUUGCUCAUGACUGUUGGGCUCGAGCAUAUGUGAAAAUGUUGCCGGAGAUCCUUAACAAGCGUUUGCAGACCCUAGAUGUGAAAUCCAUGAUGUCAGAGCUUAAGAGGUCCUCUUCUGAGACCCCGAUAACAAAAGACACUUUGUCAUCUGUCCAUCGUUUUAAGCGAAAAGAAGGCGCCUGCUUGUCAUAA